AUGGCCUGCUGUACUACUAGCUUCUGCGGCUUUCCCACAUGCUCCACUGGUGGUACCUGUGGCUCCAGCUGCUUCCAACCAAGCUGCUGUGAAGGUGGCUAUGGCUAUGGCAUCGGGGGUGGCAUUGGCUAUGGCAUCGGGGGUGGCAUUGGCUAUGGCCAGGAGGGUGGCUAUGGAGGCGUGAGCUACCGUGUGAGAUGGUGCCGCCCAGACUGCCGCGUGGAAGGCACCAGCCUGCCCCCCUGCUGCGUGGUGAGCAGCAUACCUCCAUCCUGCUGCCAGCUGCACCAUGCCCAGGCCUCCUGCUGCCGCCCAUCCUACUGUGGACAGUCCUGCUGCCGCCCAGCCUGCUGCUGCUACUGCUGCUAG